AUGUUGGUUAUUGCGGUUUGGCAUUUCCCCAUCGUCUCCGGAUUUAUCUGGUUAGGUUUGUUUCUCCCCACCAAUUAUUCCAUUGACAAACAAUGGCCGCAUAGAGACGCGAGAUCGCCUGCCUGGGAGAAGGUUCCAAUUCAUACUGUCUGCGCAUACUCUUCGAUUCUCUUGUCCAUUGCAGGAAGCCUAGGUUUGAAGUUGCUAUCAUGCUUUGACUACAUCCAUUACACGAGCGUGCAUUAUUCGUCACUGGCCUUGUUCAUGAAAGACCAACGGUUAUCCAGAAAACGAUCGAGAGAUGCUGAGAUAUACUUUAGAGCUGCUCAUUCUAUCUGCGCUAUUCUUCUCGUUGUUCAAUCUACCCUUGCUUGCAUUGCCUCCAGGUGGCAACAUCGCAUGAUGUUCACAAUCUUCAUCAUCAGGGCCUCUCUUGCUAUCAUUGAAGCUACACUUGGCAUUGUCUUCUGCUUCAGCAGUCGGUAUCCCGGCCUGGAUGGGGACUUUUCUGCAAUUCUUGAGUGGGGCAAGUAG